AUGAUGGCUGUGCUCUCGAUUUCAACAAAACCCAUGACGGUCCUACUCGACCUUCCUGUCGAGUUGAUACUCCUUAUAGCGUCCUCCAUCAGCACUAUCUAUAAUAUUGACCCUGACUACCGACUACCGCCACACAAGUCGAUUUUCUACCCUCGCAGGAUCUUAAAACCAGUCUUGAGGUUGUUGCCCGACCUCGCGUCAAUCAACACGCUAUCCAGAACCUGUAAAGCUCUGUACAAUGUCGUCAAUCCUCUUCUGUAUGACGUUUGCUCCAAAAACGAGGCUCUCGGUCGACUUUCUGUCCUCUUUGCGGUUGAACACCAACUCGAAGAGGUCGUGGACAGACUCGUUGCUGCCGGAGUCAGUCUAGACUUUGAAGUUGUCGUCGAGAACGACGUAUACGGCCUUCUGCAUGUCGCGGCCUGGCUGGGCUACGUUGGAAUGGUCCAGAAGCUGUUGGAUGUUUAUGGAGAUUCAGAUGCGAGGCAAACGUGGGUUUAUCGACGACUAGGUCUGAACUCAAACAAAACGGCGCUCGAUAUGGCUGCCGAGUCUGGUCGGUCUGAUGUUGUGCGACUACUGGCCGCUAUCCCCUUGCCCUCCUCCCAGGUUCCCCUUCGAAUAGCGCCAGGGUACAAAAACAGUUCGCGCGCCUUGGCAAGAAAAGACUUUGUGAUCGAGUAUGCUGGAUUUGAGAGCAGGCGCAUGUAUAUUGGACGAGCAUUUUCCGGCUCCGUGGCGACCAAAAAUGCACAACUCGAUACCAUUAGGUGGCUUGGGACCCAUGAAGAUUGUGACGUGAAUUACUGCGACGAUGGUGAAGACUGUGACAACAACUACAUCCAUCCUCCACUUGUACGAGCUAUCUCGCCGCUGAAUUGCCAAGCCUCCGUCGUAAAACUACUCCUGCAACUGGGAGCAAACCCCAACUUCCACAAAGACAACGAUCACGCGCCUCUCCAUAUUGCCGCAACCAAGGCACUCGUCGAGGCGGCCGAACUGCUACUCGACGCUGGUGCCCAUGUUAAUGUGCCCGGUGUCAAUGGCGGCACAGACCUUACCGAUAUACUUCGGCCCAUCCGCCAUUUCACCCUCAGCAGCAGAGCCCAGAUGCUGCAGCUUCUUCUUGAGCACGGAGCAGAUCCCACAGCGACCAAUGGUCUUGGCCAGACGCCUCUGCAUGUGGUGUUUGGCCUGGAAGACGCAUCACAUGUCCAAGAGUUGGUGGGGAUACUGUUGCAGUUUGGUGCCGGUUCGACUGUUGAGAAAGAAGACUUGCAAGUGCCUCCCCGUACGCCCAUAACACACUCCAUGCGGACCAGCAAUAUCGGUGCGGUCAAGGCAUUUCUUCCCCACAUUCAAAACCAAGAGCUCAGACAGCAAGUAGUCCAAUGGCUCACGAAUGCAUCAUUAUAA